AUGGAUCUCAUGAACAGAGUAUUUCAUCCUUAUUUGGAUAAGUUCGUCGUGGUGUUUAUUGAUGAUAUUCUCGUCUACUCCAGGAAUGAAGAAGAACACAGGGAACAUCUGAGAACUGCGUUGCAAACGCUAAGGGAUGAAUGCCUUUAUGCCAAAUUCAGCAAAUGUGAGUUUUGGCUCAAAGAAGUUACAUUUCUGGGACACAUUGUGUCUUCAGAAGGUAUCAAGGUGGACCCCGCCAAAGUGGAAGCAGUACAAGGGUGGAGGUCGCCAACUACCCCAAACGAGAUCAGAAGUUUCUUGGGAUUGGCUGGCUAUUAUCGAAGAUUUAUUGAGGGAUUUUCCAAGAUAGCAAGGCCGAUGACGCAGUUGCUCAGGAAAGGAAUUAAGUACAAUUGGACUAACGAGUGCGAAGAGAGUUUUCAACUGCUCAAAGAGAAGCUAACUACGGCGCCAGUGCUAACAAUUCCGGAACUAGACAAGGAGUAUGUGGCUGCUGGAAUUGACAGUAUUGAGAACUCUGCCCGUGUCCUUGCAUGUGACCCUGGAGUUGCCUACUUGAAUACCCUUGUGCAGCAAAGACUUCUACUCCUCUUUCAUAAGUACGCUCGCCCAUCCUAUGGCACUCGUUGGCUCCAUGGCCAUACUCGCCACAUAUGCCACAACCUUCUGCUGGUGGUGCGUGAGCGGGUGGAGCCUCCACCUGGUUCAUCCUGA